UGUUUAUCAGCUCAGUCGCUGUAACUGCGAAGUGAACAGCAGCGAUCAUGAAAACCUCAUCUGACCGGAGACCGAGAUCCCUGAAGACGUCCAGGAGAACCGGCUGGACGCGCAAACGGAGCACCGAGGCGUAUUCAGCUUACAUUUACAAGAUCGAGAAGGAGCUGAGUGAAGUGAGUGACACCGUGGCUUUGAUGCGGCACCUGUCCGACGCGCAUGCGCAGAUGGGCGCCGAGGCCGCGCGGCUCUCCAAGUUCAACCGGCGAGGCGUCAUCACCCAGCGAGAGCUCCACACCGCCGCCAAAAAGCUCCUGACGGCUGAGAUUUAAAUGCUGCACUUUUAGACAUGUAAAUGAUGAAUAAAGAGAUUCCGUUUUUAAAAACGCUAUGACAUUUUG